CCUCCAGCCAGAGCAACCCAGAGAGCCUCUGAUCCCAGCACAGCCUUGGACUUAUUUCAAGGGAAAUUAACCUGGAAACCUCUCCACAAGGCCGUGGUCCCGAGCAUAUGCCCCUGGAAAAGCUAGGGAUGAGCACCUCCCUGAGCUAUAAGUCCUUCUCCAAAGAGCAACAAACUAUGGACAACCUGGAGAAACAGCUGAUCUGCCCCAUCUGCUUGGAGAUGUUCACCAAGCCCGUAGUCAUCCUGCCCUGCCAGCACAACCUCUGUCGGAAAUGCGCCAGUGACAUCUUCCAGGCCUCCAACCCCUACCUGCCGACCAGGGGAGGUACAACUGUGGCGUCGGGAGGCCGUUUCCGCUGUCCCUCCUGCAGGCACGAGGUGGUCCUGGACCGACAUGGUGUCUAUGGGCUGCAGAGGAACCUGCUGGUGGAGAACAUCAUCGACAUCUACAAGCAGGAGUCUACAAGACCUGAAAGGAAAUGUGACCAGCCAAUGUGUGAAGAGCAUGAAGAUGAGAGAAUUAAUAUCUAUUGUUUGAACUGUGAAAUGCCCACCUGCUCCUUGUGCAAAGUCUUUGGUGCCCACAAAGACUGUCAAGUUGCUCCUCUCACAAAUGUUUACCAGCAGCAGAAGUCUGAGCUGAGUGAUGGCAUUGCAGUCCUGGUGGGGAGCAAUGACAGAGUGCAAGGAAUAGUCACACAGCUGGAGGAGACCUGCAAGACAGUUGAGGAAUGCUGCAGACGACAAAAAGAACAGUUGUGCGAAAAAUUUGAUUAUCUCUACUCUGUAUUGGAAGAAAGGAAAAAUGAGAUGACACAAAUAAUCACUAGAACCCAAGAGGAGAAACUGGAACACGUCCGCUCCCUGAUGAAGAAGUAUGCGGAUCAUUUGGAAGCUGUGUCAAAACUGGUUGAAUCAGGAAUCCAGUUCAUGGAAGAACCAGAAAUGGCCGUGUUUUUGCAGAAUGCCAAAACAUUGCUACAAAAAAUUACUGAAGCUUCUAAAGGAUUUCAAAUGGAAAAAAUAGAGGAUGGGUAUGAAAUUAUGAAUCAAUUCACAGUGAACCUCAGUAGAGAAGAAAAGAUAAUACGAGAAAUUGAUUUUGACAGAGAGGAGGAGAGAGAAGAAGAGGAGGGCACAGAGGAUGGUGAAGGUUUGGAUGAAGUCCACACAGAGUCAUCUGGAGAGGAGGGAGAGGAGGAAGAGGUGGAGGAGGAAGAGGCUGAGAGAGCAUCACAGCCACCUCAGCAAGACCCUAAACUGCAGAGUGCAGCAGGAGAGCCCCUGGCUGAACCCACUCCAGUGUCACUACCUGCUGCCCCAGCUGGUCAGGAUGUGGUUGUGACACCAGGUGGUUCUCAGCAGACCCCAGAAUCUGACACUCAAAUGCCAGCCACAGCAGAAACCACGGAUCCCUUGUUUUACCCUAGCUGGUAUAAGUCUCAGUCACGGCAACCAAGCAGUCCAAGCUCAACCCCAGUGAGUGGGCUGGGGAAAGUAGGGAGUCCUGUUUCUCUGGAAACAAGUGCAAAGAAGUCAGAAGCCCCAACAGCAGCAACAGAAGAGGAGAGUGCACCAGGGAAUAGUAAGGAAAGUAAUGCCACUGCAGCAACAUCCAAGACUGGUCCUGAACCAUACGCUCAAGGACGAGUGGAGGAAGCGCCUGUGAGCAGUGAGAGGGGUGACGAGCCGGCUCGUCAUGUUUUCUCCUUCUCCUGGUUGAACUCACUGAAUGAAUGAUGACUCACUCUGGCUGGCUUCUGGUGUGCUUCUCCUGGGAGGGACCGUGAGCACAGGCAGCCUGGCUGCAGUCAGCAAAGAAACUGGCCUGGAAAGGGGCAUCCGAGCAGGUUUCAUUCCCAGGAACUCAGUUGGCCUCCACAUCAUACCCUUGAGAUGAUAGAUCUGAGAGGGAUGGGAGCAUGGGGACAAAUUACUAUACUAUAUUGUAGUCAAAGUGUUUUCCAAUAAUUUUUUACUUGCAAGGGGAAAGUAGCAUCACUACAGCUUUACCCUGAGCACUGCUAGUGUUUUGUUACUCACCUUUUGGCACAUCCCCUCAUAGGGGUAAGCGCUUCAUCAGUGCUGUUAGCUAAAAUGCUGGUAUGAUAUUCACUAAUAGCACCCUUUGCCAAACCAAUGUUUCUUCUGAAUAUCCUCCUGUAUCUCCACUUGUUGGUGCUGGGGACUUCAGUGACACUAUCACAUCCUUGGCAGCCCCAAAUCAGGGUUGUGUCUGACCAGUGCCUCCACAACUGCGGAACACGGGAGGAAAGAAGGAAGCUACCAUUUCUGCCUUUGGACUUGCUCUUCCUGCUAAGCCACAACAGAUGACGCUCACAUAAACAAAAAGCACCAAAAGCACUGGCCAAGACCCCAGGUGUGGAUGCAGGACACAGCUCUGAAUAUGUGGGGCAAAUGCUGUAGCGCUGCCCAGCCUGUCCAGCCAUAAUCUGUGUCUAUGUCUUCUCAGUCAUCAGUGUGUGUAGAAAAGGGGGCAUGUUCUUACAUGAAAUCAGAAUGCAGUGAGGUGGUCACAGGUACUCAGUCAAGGUUUAAUUUGAAAUCCCAAUGGUGCACUGUAGAAAAGGCAGAUGCUGACUGUCCUGUUCCAUGUGCCUUGUAGAUAUUUAUCCACCUAAUGAAAUCAAAUUUGUGUCUUAAAAGAAGUUCUAGAAGUUCUA